AUGCAGGGGCAUGGAAGAUCACUGUGGUUGAUGCAUGGAAUGUUCAAAGCAAAUGGUGGGUGUGGUUAUAUUAAAAAACCAGAUUUCCUGUUGAAUACUGGUCCACAUAAUGAGGUCUUUGAUCCUAAUGUUAUAUUGCCGGUGAAAAAAACUCUGAAGGUGACUGUCUAUAUGGGGGAAGGAUGGUAUCAUGAUUUCACUCACACGCACUUCAAUGCGUUUUCCCCACCAGAUUUCUAUAAACGAUCAAUAUGUAUGGGGGUUCGAAUUGCUGGGGUGUCUGCUGAUACUAUAAUGAAGAAAACAAAGACAUUAGAGGAUAAUUGGGUGCCUGAUUGGAAUGAAAAAUUUGAGUUUCCACUGUCUGUCCCAGAACUGACUUUGCUUAGAAUUGAAGUUCACGAGUAUGACAUGUCUGAAAAGGAUGAUUUCGGAGGCCAAACAUGUCUACCCGUGUCCGAACUGAGAGUGGGAUUCGAACAGUUCCACUUCAUAGCCUUGAGGGAGAGAAAUACAAAUCUAUAAAGCUUCUUAUGCGCU